GACUGGGAGCAGCAACCUCGGCGGAGCUGCAGGAUUUCCGCAGGGUGGGGGUUUGUACUACGUACCACCGGAAGAAAGCGGCUCCUCUGACACAUGUCUCGUGACUGCGCUGGGAGUUUUGCUUUACUAGUUACAACUACAGAAGAAAGGAGGAUUUAGCGAAAUAUGGCCACGGAGGGCCUUGCCACGCGUCGGGUCCAGGUGGCAGAACAUCCCAGAUUGCUGAAGCUGAAGGAAAUGUUCAAUUCUAAGUUUGGAUCUAUUCCCAAGUUUUAUGUUCGAGCCCCAGGAAGAGUCAAUAUAAUAGGAGAGCAUAUAGACUACUGUGGAUAUUCUGUUCUUCCUAUGGCUGUAGAACAAGAUAUGUUAAUAGCUGUGGAACCUGUGAAAACACACACGCUAAAACUGGCCAACACAAAUCCCUUGUAUCCGGACUUCACUACUAGUGCUAGUAACAUUCAGAUUGACAAAACUAAGCCUCUGUGGCACAACUAUUUCCUAUGUGGAUUUAAAGGAAUUCAGGAACACUUUGGUCUUAGUAACUUAACUGGAAUGAACUGCUUGGUAGAUGGAAAUAUCCCACCAAGUUCUGGCCUCUCUAGUUCCAGUGCUUUGGUCUGUUGUGCUGGGUUGGUGACCCUUACAGUCCUGGGAAUGAACCUGUCUAAGCUCCUGGCUAAGUACAAAAACUUGCAAUGGGACAAAGUAUUGCGGCUGGAGGAGGUACAGGCAAAACUAGGGGUUAGUCUGGAAGAAAUGCUCUUGGUCACAGAGGAAGCCCUUCAUUCUGAACCCUAUACCCCUGAGGAGAUCUGCAGGUGUCUGGGAAUUAGCCUGGAGGAGUUACGAACCCAAAUCCUGAAUCCAAAUACUCAAGAUGUGUUCAUCUUCAAACUCUACCAGCGGGCAAAGCACGUGUUUAGUGAGGCUGCGCGAGUGCUCCAGUUUAAGAAGAUAUGUGAAGAAGCACCUGACAACAUGGUCCAGCUGCUGGGAGAGUUGAUGAACCAGAGCCACGUGAGCUGCCGAGACAUGUAUGAGUGCAGCUGCCCUGAGCUGGACCAGCUGGUGGACAUCUGUCGGAAGUUUGGGGCUCAAGGGUCACGACUUACUGGAGCAGGAUGGGGAGGCUGCACAGUAUCAAUAGUAUCUGCUGACAAGCUGCCCAGCUUCCUAGCGAAUGUGCACGAAGCUUAUUACCAGAGGAGUGAUGGCUGCUUAGCACCGGAGAAACAGAGUUUGUUUGCUACUAAACCUGGGGGCGGGGCUUUGGUUUUCCUUGAGGCUUAAACAAUGUAAAAAAUCUUAAGAGAAACUAUUUUUGGCAUUUAGGAACUGGCAGGACUUCCCAUGCCACAGUAAAUUAAUCCUCUUUCUGUUUUGUAUUAUGAUGAACAGUUGCUAUUAUCAAGAUGUAUUUCCAAAAUAAUGGCUGAAGUUCUCUGGGCUUUAUAAUGAUUAUUUUCCAUUUUAAAAUAUGAUGUUUAUACUAUUAUGAGCCAAGAUUAUGCUUGAACAGAUCUUUUGAGAAUAAUUUACUGAGAUUUAUUGAUCUGAAGAUUUUAAAGAUGAAUAGUAAAACACAUUCAAUACUGACUUAAUGGAUUGGGCUUGAAUUAAAUUAAACUGAUACAACUGAAUUGUA